UUUUCUAUUCGGAUUCAGAUAUUGGCUGUCGAAUAAAUAACUCUAGAGAACUCUCUAUCCGAGCAGCCAAUGAAAAUUUUUGUUUCCGAACGAGAACAACGCGGCAAUGAAAUCUUUAAGCUAAUACAGGCUUGAAACAGGCUGUAGUGUGGGAACUUAUUUGUAUGCAUGUGCGUUAGUAUAAGAAAUGGCGUUUACGUUUGGAUCUCCAACGGUUACUUCCAGCAAUAUUGGAUUUGGAACGCAAAAACCAGCGACAACAGGUUUUGGUACAAGCAAUACAGCCUUUGGUGCUGCAACUACAACGCCUAGUACAAUGACAUUUAGCACAUUAUCUUCUCCGGCAACUACAGUAGGACUUAAUUUUGGAUUUGGUAGUACAGCAACCUCGAGCACACAGACGCAAAGCAGUUCGCUUUUGGGAUCUAAUACAUCUAGUACAAUGGCCACUCCAAGUUUAUUUUCCACUCCAAUGACAUCUGCAUCUUUAUUUUCUAGUUUUACACCAAGUACAACAAGCUCUUUAACAUUUGGUGCAACAUCUAAUACAACAGCAGGAGCAAGUUUAACUUUUGGUACAGCCACUACUAAUACUUCUUUAUUUGGAUCUGGAACUGGAAAUACUUUAUUAGGCACAGCAAUCGGUGCUACCGCUAUCACUACUACUACUACUACAAUUGCAACUAAAGGACUCGGUGGCUUGGAUGUUUCUCUUAAUAAUAAAGGUCUUUCUCAAGGUAGUAGUAGUGCAACCGCUGCCAAAGAAAAUCUACUGCCAAAUGAACUUGUGCAAACCAUAGAUAAAUUCAAGGAGUUUGUAAAAAUACAGAAAGGCCUGUCUUCUGAUAUAGCAAGAGGUUCAGCGAGACCGCUGAAUCGAUGUGCGGAAGAUAUAGCGUCCUUGAUGGAGAUGUUGUCUACUUUAUCUGGUUCUGUGCAACGGGACAGUUCUUCAGCUGAUAAAUUGAAGCAAGACACAGCAAAGGCAUUGCAAAAUGCCGAAAUAGCUCAAAGAACUCACGAUACUCCACCGGGCUUGCAAUAUGAAAAUAAUGCACCUCUUCAAUUUUUCAUGGAACUAGCCGAAAGUUUUGAAUAUGAUUUGAUAUUAUUUAGGUCACAAAUCGAAACGACGGAAAAGCAUAUACAAGCUAUGAUGGCACCGAGAACAUUAACGCCGCAAGAAUUAACUGUAGCCAUGAGCAAGAUUCACGAGUCUCUGAUCGCGGUUGCUGGUCGAUUACAAAAUGUGCACGCUAAAGUGCAACAACAGAAGGAGCAAUAUCUCAAUUUCAGAAAAUAUGUACUGAAAGACAACACGAAUGUUUUCGAUAGUAUUACAGCAAAUAGUAAAUCUACUCGAAACACUACUGGAAAAAUUACGAGCGGUCCUACUCCUUUUGGGCCAGGCAAUAAAAAUUUUCUAACAUCGACAACAUUGAAUUCAAACCGACCUACGAGUUAUGAAACACGAAAUUCCUUAGUUUGGGAAAGUUCGACAUCAGUACCAUCCGCCACUAACAUUGUAGGCUCAUCCACAAAACCACCAACUGCAAGUUUAAAUUUUAACGUGCCAAUUAAUUUAACCGCACCAUUGCCAGUAAAUGGAUCCAGUUCAAAUUUUCAGCUUCAAAAACCACCAGUCGGUAAUAAACGAGGAAAACAUUGAUCACUCACGUAGGAUCAUAAUUUU